UUCACACUUCCUUAGAGAGGCAGUUUGGAUCAGUGCAACUGAAUCUUUUGUGUGUAUAUUUGGUUGGAAAGUUGACACUGAAAACCAUGCUGGUCUGUGUCUGGCUGGUCAGCAGUCUGAUUCACAUGAUCUCAGGAUGUUUUCUACCUGCACUCACAGAGGUCACUGGGUACACGAGAGACUCAGUGGUCUUGCCUUGCUGCUGCACUGAGGGACAGCCAACACUGAACUCUGCCAGAUGGAUUUUUUCUUCACGUGGUUCCGAUAUCACGCUUUGGUCUUAUCCUAAUACAGUGAACGACCGCUACAAAGACCGGGUGAAUAUUUCUGCCACACCUGGAAACCUGUCUCUCCGUCUCUCAGAUCUCACUCUGUCAGAUGAGGGAUUUUACAGGUGUAAAGCAUCUACAGCCAUUGACAGAGACAUCAGACUUACAGUGAAAGGCUGUGUUCUGUCUGAUUCUGAACCCAUAGACAUCACUGGGUUCACAGGAAACUCAGUUAUCCUGCCCUGUGCCUGUACUAAUGUGCAGACGAAACCUGAACGGGUCACAUGGUCUACACACAAAGGAAGUCAAACCAUUGUUAUAAUUCCACAACUUCCUGCCAAUGGUGGUCGCUACCAAGACAGAGUGCAGGUGUUGGACUCCAUUUCCCCUGGAUACGACCGCUACAAAGACCGGGUGAUUAUUUCUGCCACCCCAGGAAACUUGUCUCUCCAUCUCUCAGAUCUCACUCUGUCAGAUGGGGGUACAUACAGGUGUGAAGCAGAUGGGAAUUACAGAGACAUCAGUCUCACAGUUAUACAUAGAUUUGACGAGUUGUGUUUAAAAGUUUAAAUGGGCUGUGGGAACUCUUCAAAUGACAACAUUCUAUGGGUGGGACAUAUUUGGCUGUGGUGCUGUAUGUGAAUUGAGAUCUGGGCCUUUCCCAGUUAUAUUGUACAAGGGUAUUGAAUAGAAGAGCAACAUAUACACAUUUUUAUUGAAUUUUUACCCACAAUAAACAUGCAAAAAUGAGUUUUACUUCCAAAAUAAUCUCAGACAUCAGCGUAGCUUGGAGAUAAAAGCAUGAA